AUGGAAAUCUUGACGGGUAUUCUACUCUUACUAUUUACUACCAAGUUAGUUGUUAGUUUCUACUGGGUAUUCGCCCCGACCUCCGUUCUUCCCUCAUGGGCCCGUCCCUCCGAGGAGGACUCUUCGCCUGAGCCCUGGAGCCUACAUCUGGUCCCAGAACUCCUGUACAUCGUUUUUGCAAAUCAAGAAAAGCCCGUGGUGUCCACAAAAACCGACGAACCCAACGCUUUCCCUGUCAGCAGCCGCACCAGCACGGGCGACUUGGUUGACGACCCCUUCGCCAAAUUUGGUAUCCCCUCGUACUUCAACUAUAUUGAAAGUGUGAGACACGGGGGUGUCAUCAUGGAGGAGAAGCCAGCGGGAUUUACCCUGCUGGAAACGAAGCCUUGGGUGCCGGCGGAUCUCAACUGCAGAGAUGGCCACUCGCAGCGGUACAUUGGAUACCGGUGCUAA